AAAACUACCUAAACAUCGUCUUAGAAUUCACGUGGCUGAGUUAAGAAAAUAAAGACCAUACAAUGUUAAGAAAACAAGCUAGACAACGAAGAGAAUUCCUAUAUAACAAGGCAUUAAAUGAACGGGUCUUAACAAAAAAAAAGAAUAUGAAGAUCAUAAAUGAAAACUUAAAAGAUAAAACAUCGUUUGGGUCCUCUAAUAUAUUAGACGGCAUUAACAUGUAUAAUUCUCUUAAAUAUUAUCCAGAUAUUGAAGGCGAAACCUUGGCUCACAUUGAUGAAUACAAAUAUGCUGGUUGCCAGGACCCGAAAAUCAUGUUAACUACUUCACAUGAGCCGUCGUCACGUCUAAAAAUAUUUAUGAAAGAGCUUCGACUGAUAUUUCCUAAUGCCCAACAAAUGAAUAGAGGCAAAUAUCAAUUAAACACAUUAAUGCAAGCCUGUCGAGCUAAUAAUGUUACAGACUUUAUAAUAGUACAUGAGCAUCGUGGCAUACCUGAUAGUCUCGUGAUAUGUCAUUUGCCCUUUGGACCAACUGCUUUUUUUAAUAUAACCGACGUUACAAUGCGGCAUGAUAUUCCUGAUAUUGGGACCAUGAGUGAGCAGAAACCGCACUUAAUUUUCAGUAAUUUUAAGAGCAACAUUGGUCUAAGAACCGUAAAGAUUUUAAAACAUUUGUUUCCUGUACCAAAAGAAAAAUCUGAAAGAAUAAUUUCAUUUAUUAACAAUGAGGACAAAAUUUCAUUCAGACAUCAUCAAUAUAAAUAUAUAAACAAGGAAAUAAAAUUAACGGAAAUCGGACCCAGAUUUCAACUUAAACUUUAUCAGAUUAAACUCGGAACAUUAGAAAAUAUAAAAGCUGUUGAUACCGAAUGGGUUAGUCGCCCGUACUUAAAUACAACUAUAAAAAAUUUAGUUUUUUCAGACAAAGAUAUUUUUACGAAUAAAAAUGAAUGAAACUUUCAAAAAAUU